UGGAGGUUCAAACUGUUCCCCAGCCUGCAAGACCUUCCGCAUGUACACAAGUCGUCAGGGUUCGACGGCUCAGACUCGUGGGUGGACAUUGCGGUGCCUUGCAGUGUUGAGUUUGCAGGCCACGGGCAGCCCCUGUACACCAACUUCAUCUACCCCUUCCACUGCGACCCGCCCAAGAUCCCUCGCAGCAUCAACUAUGCCUCCUGCUAUCAAACUUCCUUUUCGAUCCCGUCCUCUUGGUCGGGGAGGAGGAUCAUAAUGUGCUUCGAGGGGGUCGCGUCCUCGUUCCACUGCUGGCUCAACGGAGAGUUCGUGGGAUACUCGCAAGACUCCUUCCUCCCCGCAGAGUUUGACGUCACUCGUUUCGUCUCCUAUGAGAGUGUCCUGUCUGUACAGGUGUACAGGUUCUGUGAUGGGAGCUACAUGGAGAGCCAAGACAUGUGGCUGCUCAGUGGGAUUCAGCGAGACGUGGUGGUUUACAGCAAGAGCCAGGAGGCCUGCGUGUGGGACUACUUCCUCCUCUCCGACUUCGACCCCUCCACCAGAUCGGCUCGCGUCACCCUCGACGAGAGAGGAGAGGAGGAAUUGUCGCUAGAGAUUAUCCUCCAAGGCCCCAAUAGGCUCGACGAGGACGGUCAGUUCGACCUGAAGCGCUCGGACCCUGUGGUGUACAGCAAGCGGCUGGAGGUAGGGAACGGGAGCAAGGAGAUUGUGUGCGAGGGGAACCUGCUAUUCUCUUCCUCCUCCUGCAAGGAAGUUUUCCAUGUUGAGAACGCUUCCCCUUGGUCGCCCGAGAGCCCCGAGCUGUACACCCUGAUCCUAGUGCUGCGAAGGAAGGAUGAGGUGGUGGACGUGGAGGCGACGAGGGUUGGGAUGCGAACGAUUCAGAUCAAGGAUGGAGUGCUGCAAGUCAACGACGUGCCAGUGGAGGUGAGGGGAGUGAACAGACACGAGCACGAUGACAGGAAGGGAAAGUACUGCAGCCGCGAGUUGAUGGUGGAGGAUCUCAAGUUGAUGAAGCAGCUGAACAUGAACGCGGUCAGAACGAGCCACUACCCCAACUGCAUCCUCUUCUACAAGCUCUGCGACGCUUACGGGCUGUGGGUGUGCGAUGAGGCAAACAUCGAGACUCACGGGCUGGUGGCUGAGAACAGCGAGGAGAGGCUGACGCAGGACGCGAGCUGGGAGGAAGCGUUCAUGCAGAGGCUGACGAGGAUGGUCAUCAGGGAUCGCAACAGGCCCUGUGUCCUCGUCUGGUCUCUUGGCAACGAGUCCUCCUACGGUCGAAACCACAUCGCCAUGGCCGCGUGGCUGAGAGAACAUGAGCGGUCGCGUCCUGUGCAGUACGAGGGUUGCGGAGGAGCAGCGAGCACGGACAUCAUCUGCCCGAUGUAUCCGAGCCCGCAGCAGCUCGCCCGGCUGACAAGACUGGAGGAGCAGAAUAGGAGAAGCACGGAGCUCGGACAUCGGUGGCCGCAGGGGACGGCGAGGGGGCUGCGGCCAGUAAUCAUGUGCGAGUACGCGCACGCGAUGAACAACUCGCUGGGGAACUUCGACGAGUUCUGGGAGACGAUCCGGUCCGAGCGAGUGCUGCAAGGAGGGUUCAUAUGGGACUGGACGGAUCAGGGAAUG